UGGGAACCACCACGCUGCCCAUUACUUUUGAAAAUAAAUUUAUCAAUAGUUCAACUAUUAUUUAUUAAAUAUAUCAUUGCAUUUUGAAAAUGAAUACAUUUUAAUUAAAUUGUAUGUACACAAAUAUAUUAAAAUGUAAUGAUAUGUAUUUAGCUAUCUAUUGAAUGUAUCGCUAACCUAUUACAAAGCUAAAAUUACGGCAACUAGAAUUUCAAUAAUUUCACGCACUAAUUAGAAACUUGUAAAUAAGAACGGGUAUGCAUUUAGCAUAUGAUAUUCGCCUGAAACGGCAACAAUUAAUAGACUUUUGUGUAUGUACACAAUGUGCAGCUUGUACUAAAUGUAAACAGCGUGUUUAACCUACAAACUUCGGACUUAUCUACUUUUUAGUCAAUAAUUAAACAAAGUAGUUUUAUAAGACGUGUCCAUGUAGAUCAGAAUUUAACGUUUUGGCCUUUCAUGUACGAAAAUGCCAACCGUUAUAGCAUUAGACGUAUCUUUGUCGAUGAGACGUCCGGUAUUAGGAUGUGGAUCGACUGAGAAUAAUCAAAACGAACAGUUGACGAGGCAUCAUUUAGCAGUACACGGUAUAAAUGCAUUAUUGCAUUAUUUGCAAGUGAAUUCAAAGUUAGAAUUUGUGUCUUUAGUUGUUUUCUCUUCGUUGUAUGAAGUUGUUUGUCCAUUCACUCGUGAUUAUGACAGCAUACGUUCGAAAUUGCAAAAUAUAGAAGAAUGCGAUAAGACUUGUAUAGAAACUGCUCUUCACGGCGUUAACAAUGUUAUUAUGGCGGAAUGGGGUAAUACCACAGCUUGUCAAGUGGUACUAAUUACAGAUGGUAAUCCUGGAGUAGGUCCAAUGUCAUUAGGUGACUCAUUGAACUCUUUAAAUGUGACAAGGGAUGUAAAUCCAUUUCCAUUACCAUUUCCUUAUCCAGGAAAGCUAAGCGUCGUUUGCAUUGCACCACAACAAGAUGCUGGUUUACAUAUGGGUUUACCAUUGUAUCAGCGAUUAGUUGAAUUAGCUGGUGGUGAUAGUGUGGUACUUGUACCUGAAGCACCACUUUCUAAGCAUACAGUCACAGCUUGUUUCCAAAAAUUAGCAGAAAGUAAUUACGUUUCUUUCCAAGGGUAUUUGAAAUCCGGGAAUUUAGGUUCCUGUAUUCUUUUAUCCCCAGCACCUAUGCCUUAUACUAAAAAGACAGACUUUGAGUUAGUUUCUGGUUUAAUGAUAUCAAAAACCAUAGAAAUUUGUGGAUUUAUAUCAGUAGCAGACGUCGGCAGUCCCAGCGCUAUAUCUAGGCAUUUAGUUUUACCAUUAGCUACAGAGAAGAGUCCAAGUAUGCAAGGUAUAUCUCUAGAAGAAGACUCAGACACAGACGAGAACGGGGACGAAGGGAAAAUACCGUCUUUUUGCGUGUUAUUACACGGAGCAUUGAAGGUGGAAAAUAUGGUGGCGCUCUGUUUGUUAAAUAACGAGUGGUAUGGUUUUAUAUACUCGUGGGCGGAUACCAAAAAAAAAUCGAACUUAAUGCUGACAGUGUUAGAACCAGGUUUAGACGUUGUGCCUUGGUUAGGUAAUUUCAGUAAUCUCGGUCCAGUCGAUGCAGCUAAAGGUGCAGCUGUUAGCUUUCCAGUCAGACCAAAUGAAAAGAGGAGUUACACCCAGAAUGCACCUUCUUGGAUUCGUCAAGUUGGCCUGCAAUCUGAUAUUCAGAAAAUUUUAAGGCAUGCAAGAAAAUUACCGGAGAAAACACAAAACUUCUAUAAGGAAGUAAACCGACUGCGCAGAGCUGCCGCAUCGAUGGGAUUCGUGGAACUUUUAGAAGGAUUGGCGUGCAUCUUAGAAAGAGAAUGUACAUUACUACCUCCAAAUUUGAAUCCUGAUUGUACAAUCCAAAUGGGUCAUGUAGCUUCUAUGAUAAGAAAACCAGAAUUUCUCGAACUUAGGUACAAUAUACCUCCCGCGCGUACUAGAUUUCAACAUGGAGGAUCAUAGAUAAGGCAAUAGCGACAUUUGUGAUACAUUAUUAUAUUUACCAGAAUAGUAAUAAGUUUUACAUUAAUAGCAAUUUUAAUGUUUUACAAUGUGGCCAAUUUUUAUUAAAAAUACAUUUGAAAAACUGUCAAAA